GUUCUAAUUUUAAAAGGUUUCUGGAUGCGUCAAGCUCCCUCUAGUUCUGCUACUGCUCUGGUAUACUGAUCUCAUCAAAAGUACAAUAAAGCGAACGCUUUUCUUGACAAAGGAAAAAGGAUAGGUAGGAGAAAUCAAACUCGUACACAAGUAAAGCGAAGCCUAGAGUUUGUAGUUCAUUUCUUGGUUGCGAAUUCAAAAGGAUAUUCACAGAUUCUGAAAGUCUCAUAUCACACUCGGCUUUUAUUGGGGUGUAUAUAAAUAUCUGCCAACUUCUGUUUGUCAUUGAAAGAAGUUGUUGGACUGGUGGUCGUGACGCCUUACAGUAUAAAAUUGGCAAAGAUGGGUACAUUUGAUCAAGGUUCUGUUGUGGCUUCUAAGCCCUUGGAUUAUACAAGGAAAAGGAAGAGACGGGAGGGCACUAAAUCUGUUGCUGAGACCCUUCAAAAGUGGAUUGAGUACAAUAAGUAUCUCGAUUCUUGUUCUAAUGGAGACGAUAAACCAAUCCGUAAAACUCCUGCUCAAGGCUCAAGGAAGGGAUGUAUGAAGGGGAAAGGAGGGCCUGAGAACUCACAAUGUAAUUAUAGAGGUGUUAGACAAAGGACAUGGGGUAAGUGGGUUGCAGAGAUUAGGGAGCCAAACAGAGGGUCUAGGCUUUGGCUUGGCACUUUUCCAACUGCCUAUGAAGCUGCUCUUGCAUAUGAUGAGGCUGCACGAGCCAUGCAUGGCACUCUUGCCCGGGUGAAUUUUCCUGAAUUAUCAGAUUCAACAAUGUCAUCAAAGGAUUCCCACUCGGCUGCAACCCUGUCAAGCUAUUCUUCUGUAACAACUCCUGCAGGUUCAGACUCCACUACUACAUCAAAUCAUUCUGAAGUUUGCGCAGAUGAAGACAGCAAGGAGCAUAUUGUAAAAUUUGAGGAUGAUAAAGAUGAAUCAAAAAUAAAACCUCAGCCUUCUGCAGUUAUUGAACCUGUCUCACCAUGUAGUACACUGAAACAAGAAGUGAAGAACGAGCUGGAAUAUUUUUCUGGGUGUGACCGGGGUGGGAUGCCUGAGAUUAAAGUCCCAGAGAAAAAUGAACUUCAACAGAACAAUACUUGUGAGCAAAAACAGAAAGUUAUCUGCAAUCUCCAACAAGAUUCUACGGACGAUUCUUUAAAUGAGAAGGAUUACAGCUGGGAUAAUGGAUGUGAGGAGCAGGAUUACUGGCAGAAUUUCAGAAUUGAUGAAAUGUUUAGCAUUGAUGAACUGCUUGGAGACAUAGACAACAGCCCGCUUAGUCGGGAAUUUGAUGCUGGUCAACUGUUGUUCACUGACAGUGGUCAUCUACAGCAUGAAUCAUUCCAGUUGCAGAGCCCAAAUUGUAGGUUCAUUGGGAGUGAUCAGCGCACAGAGCAGUUGCCUUCAGAGGGUGAUUACAAUUUUGAUUUCUUGAAGCCUGGCAGGCAGGAAGACAACAAUGUUCCAUUGGAUGAUCAAGUAUACUUCAGUUUGGAACUGCUAAACUCGGUGUUUUAGGGGACACAAGGAAGACAUUUUGCAGCCUGAAAGUGACCCUGUAUUUAUCUUGUGGAAAUAAACGAGAUAAAUAGAUUAUAGAAGUACUGUUUUGUUCUGAAACUAACUUUUUGAAUUCAGGAGGAGGUCAAAUGACAAGGAGGAUUAGAGUGUAGUCUACUGAUUUAUAGACAUGUUCUACUUACUGAAUUUAUUCUUAGAACUGACCAAAAAAUGAGCUAAUUCUCUAGAGGUUUUUAGAUCAGUGAAAUUGGCCAUGAAACUUAUUGUUUUUGCAAACCAAUCUCGAGAUACAGUUGGAGGGCUGGUUAUUAUUAUACCUUUGGAAAAGCUUUUGUGAGAUUUCUGAAUUUGUUUUGUCGGAAAAAUUCUUUCCAGUAGAUGAAGAGUAGUCGAUGUUAAUACGUUGAUCAACUUUAAGAAGUUUAAGUUCAAUUCAAAUGAAAGAUUAUAUGUUGAUCUCCA